CUAUUUUUUUAAAUUUGUAUCAAUAAUAUUAUGAUCCUAAAUUUUAAAAAUGAAUCAUUCUUCUUCCACUAAUCAGAGUUAAGUGAUUCAAUGUAGCGCAUAACUGUUUUUUACAUAAUUAGGAAGUAAACCUUACUACCUCAUUUGACCUUAAGUGUGGCGCUAUGGCAUUGAAACCAGUGAAUGUGUAAACACUGAUAAUUAAUUGACUUGACUAUUCAUUAGAGAAUCUAACUAAGCUUAAACUUAAAGACAUAAUAUAAAACUUAAUGACAAAAUAAGUAUUGUAUAUCAACUUACUUAAAUUAUAAGAGAGAAAAAUUAGAUUUAUCGCAGAGACAAUUUAUAUUUGUAGAUGCAUGGUUGGACAUGCUUAGUCAUGGUUGAAUGACUAAUUAGUAAUAACAGUUACGUUGAACGAUGAAAACUAUUAUAAAUAAUUUUAUUCAGUAGAAAAAGUUUAUUAACAGUAGAUUAGUCGUUUUACGUUGACCGAUAAAGCCAAAAGUCCUAAAAUACUAAAUGUAAAAUUGUAAAAUGACAGUUAUCCUCACUUCACGCCACGACGGCCCGAGGAAUCAGCGUCCCGUCCACGAUCCACGGCUAAAUAUAAGCAUAAUAGUAAUUAUGACUAAUGAAUAAUGAUUAUCCACAUUCCACGGCUAAAUAUGACUAUGUAAUAAUAUUAUUGAAUAAUCAAAUAUUGUUAUCAAAAUUAGAUAUUGAUUAAAAAAAGCCAUAGAUGUAUCCCAUAGUUUCCCACGGACAAUGAAAGGGAUAUCACCACUGAAUAUAACAAUCACUAAUCACUAACGAACACAAUGAUUAUUUUUAGCGGGAAAAUCGUUAUCAAUUAUUUUAUUUUUGUUAAAAUUUGAAGUUAUCGUUUCAUGAUGUUGGUUCGUAGUGUUUAAAGUUUAAAUAUUUUUGUUCCUAAGUCAAUAGGUACUGAAGACUUCAUUUUUACACCAACUUACAAAGUAAGUGAAAUUUCAUCAUUCCCUGAUUUCCACCUCGACUGAGUGAACUGUUAUCUGCUGAAAUCAUCCAAUGUACACCAAUACUAGUAACGAUGAACUCGAACCUCGUCCGGCGCCCAAGCCCACACAGUUUCAAGAAUUGUUGGCCAAACCUGAGGUUCCAGAAUUAUCAGUCGUAUUCGAUUCGUCAGAAAAUAAUUCAAAGCCAUUAAAUAGGCACCCACCGUAUUAUACAAACAGUCCAAGUUCUCAUGAAACGUAUAGUGAAUGGAAAAAUCGUCAAAAUCGCUCACCUCCAGUACAUAAAGAAACUCGUUACUACGAACCACGCGACAAGCAAUAUUAUGGAUCUUCCUCAUACAGCGAUUGUGAAAAUCCUUACAGUCGGUUUUCAGAUAAAAUUUCUUACAAAUCUGGUAGCGAUUAUCACAAAUGUGCCUGUCAGAACACACCUACAGUCAAAGAUAUUUACAACAUGAUGCAAUUACAAAAUGAUCAAAUGAAAUUUCUUUUAGAAACCAUACAAAAAUUGUUAGUCACUGUAUUAUCUAAUCAGCAAAACCAACAUAAAUGUUCUUGCUCUGAAAAUGGUCAUUGUAAAAGAGAUAAUGAUUCUAAAACUACAGAAGUGUUGAAAAAAGAUGUAAUUCAGAAAGAAUUGAAUUCACAACAUUCUAAAGAUAACAAUACAGAAAAACCACAGACCAAUUUAAAAAAAACUGAAAUUGUACAGAAAAAAAACGAAUUAAAUAAAAAUUUAAAAUGCUCUGGUAAACAGGAUGUCACAUCCGUAACAAAAGAAAAAGAAAAAAAUCCCGUAAAUACUAUAUGCAAUAAUGAUAAUGAUGAGAAAGAUAAUAAAAAAGAGAAGGAAAGGACUUACUCCAUUAUAAGUGAUGAAUCGUUUGAUUUAAAUGCAAAUGAUGUUCAAGUAAUUGAGGAUCCAAUAUCUCCUGAACAAUCAAUUCACAUUGAUAUGAAGUCAUCAUCUGAGGAUAGUGAAAAUAGUGAAUGCGAAGAAGAAAAUGAUAAGAAAAUUGAAGUUGGGUGGACAAUGUAUAAAAAUAUUAUUGGGCAAGUAAAUAACCUGCUUGAAGAUAAUAUGAGUGAUCGGAAAUCUGAUGUGGCUGAACCAGUAGAACGUGUUAAACAUAUAGCAACAACUACACCAAAGAAUUUUGAACCAUACAAACAUUUUAUGUUACCAGAAAAUAGUAAAAUAGAUUCCAGCUUACAGAUGCAAGCACUUGCAAUGCAAUACCUAUCACCUGAACAAGCGGUAAAAUUUGAUAUGAAUAAACAUUUUGUGCCAACAAAACAACCUACCACGAAAUCUCCAAAUAACUAUUCUAUUUCAACCCUACAUUAUAUGGAAAGAUAUCAUCUGAUUGCACCUGAAAAAAACUAUACUUCAGAAAACUCGCAUCAAAAAUUGCCGACAGAAGGAUUAUUGAACAAAAAGAAAAAAUCAUUGCGUAAAAAUAAAACCCCUUCAAAAAUACUUAAUAUCACUGAACUUAAGCAACAACCAAAAUUAUCAUAACAGUAUAACAUUUUUUUUUUCAAUUAAUUUUAUUGUUCUAUAACAUUAGUGUUUAAAAGUUAAAAUAAAUUAUAUAUGUGUACAUUUUUUUUUAUUAUUAUUAUUUUUGCAAUGCUCAAUGAUAAAUAUUAAUACAUUUUGAACCUAUUUCAUGAGUAAAUAAUAAUUUAUCAUUUACAUUUUUAAUUUUUUAAUAUACAUAUAUAUAUAUAUAUGAUUAUUGUAUUAUUUAUCAAUCUCUAGAUUUGAAAUAGUUAUUAUACAUUUUUUAAAACUGAUAAUAUAAUAUAUUUAUCCAAAAAAAAA